AUAUAUAAACAAUAUUAAUAACUUACAACAAUGUUUUGUCUUUUAUUGAUAUUUCUAAUAUGUAUUAAUGUGGUAGAAAUAACGAAAAUUGAAGAUAUAUCGAUUUGUAUAAAUGAUACAGAUUGCAGUGAGUCAAUAGACUCAACUGUUUAUACACAGAUUCCUAAAAUCAAUAAUACAUCUUUAGAAGAUUUAUCAAAUGUGACAGAAGAUGAUAAUAUAUUCACUACUAUCAGUCCUAUAGAAACAUCUUCAAGAAUAAAUGCUAACACAACAGAGCAACCAGAUGUACUGUCAACUUUAACAACCAAAUCCUUAUCAACUAUACAUCUAAGUGAUUAUGAAAUUCUUACACUAAAACAAAAAGAGAUAUGCGAGUGUGAUUUUACUAAAUUUUCCUGUGACAUCAAUUGCUGCUGUGACAUGGAUUGUAAUAAUUUUCACUUGUCUGCGUUUUCAUACUGUCAAGAUUAUCAUGUGGAACUUUACGAUAGUCGUUAUUGUUAUAACCAAAAUUUUCUACAACGGAACAACACACCUUUUAUUUUUGAAAAACUUACAAAUAAUUUGUUUUGCAUUUUAUAUGACAAUCUUCCAUCUGUGUAUAGUUCCAACAACGAUUUGGUAUUAUAUAAUGAAGAUCUAUGGAAAAUAAUACAAACAAAAAGUUACAAAUGGGAAGCAGAACAUAGCAAAAUAUUAUCCAAAUUUAAGUCGUCCAAAUAUUAUCAAUAUGGAGACGUAAUAUGGAAAUUGUACGACAAAUCUGUUGAAGCCAUAGAAUUUUUACAAUCUGGAUUUACUGGGAUGUGUGCAUUUAAGAAGACUUUAAGAUAUUUGCAAAAUUGGCAAGGUGCAUGUAUACAAAAUGUAUUAACAAAUACUAACCCAUAUUUGUUCAGUAUGGCAUUCAGUAAUUUCACAGUUAUUAAAUAUCUGCCAUCAUUCAAUGAUACAUUUAUGACAAAACAGAUAUGUCAGAGCAACAUAUGUUUGCCAAUAAGAACUCAUUACUGCCUGAAGUCAUUUUCUGCAUGUAAUGGAACUAGUAUAUCAGGAUAUUGCAAGAAUUUUACCUGUAUUAAUAUUGUAAUGGGUUUGAAAUAUAUAAUUGUUCACAAUGGUUCCGCUGGUAUCAACAGCAUUGAUGCAUAUUUUAAUAUAGGAAAUGCUUCUCGUGCUUUUCAUCAAUAUUUCGAAGUUGAAUAUAAUUGGAUAAACUCAAACAGCACAAAAGUUUUUGUUCGUAGUGGAAAUCCUGGUUACGUGAUGGGUAAGCCUAUCAUUAUUGGUAUUUCUCAAACUAAUAAUAGCGGGGAUAUUCAUUUCAACAGAACAAAUAAAUUUCUUACAUUGCCCUUGGCUGGAAGAAAUGGAGAGUGUGACCAAAUUAAGAGAUAUACCGUUGGAUUCGGUGAAGAUAUUAGAUUAAUAUGUUCUGUAAAAUUAUUUAUUAAAAAUUUCACUGCGUUAUCUUGUGCGGAGCUACAAAAUCUAACCAUGCGUCAUUUAAUAAAGGACUUUUUCUUAAAUACAAGUCAAUAUUAUAACACUUAUGUUUCAAAAUUAGGUAAUUUUUUUAACAAAACUGUUGAUGAUUGGUUGCAUGUCGUGUUCGAUAGAAUACCACGAAAUAUUGUGACUACGCAUACAAUCGGAAAACAGAUAUUAUGUUCAGGAUUAGUUACAUCUAUGCAUUUGAACGUCCUUUAUUCCAUGUUGCCAAAGCCUAAAACUUUAUCAAAUUAUAAAAUAUUAGGUUUUGGAAUUACAUUUAGCAAAGAAGAAGACGUUAACUGGCCGAAAUGCGCAUUAAAGAAUUGUACAGACAUACUUCAUGUCAAUAUUAUUUCUUAUGUCAAUUUUCACGAUGUUUCAAAGCCGUCCAAACACUAUUUCGCUGGUGGGCCUAAUUUAGAUAUCACGUUACCCUACGAUUUCUUUUAUCCUUUCUUGAAUGAUUCAAAAAUUAUAGAAAUAUCAAAUAUAUCAAUAUUUUUAAUAAUAUAUACAUUAUGGAUAAAUAUUUGAUACGUAUAUUCUAUUUAUUUAAGAUUACACUUUUAACUGCUUUUAUUUUUGUACGUGCGAAUUAUAGAAUCUAUAAAAAUCUAUGUAAAAUCUCGUCUACAAUAGUUGCCGUAUCGCAUGUCGUAUGAAAACGUUGCAGGAGUAUAGUUUUUUGUCGCACGGUUAUCUCAUUGUUAGUCGCAUAAGCUCAGCCAAUCACAACACAGCACACCAUGAGUUUGGCAACAGAAUAAUGUUUGAAGUUUGUUACACGUGUGCUGCUAUCAAAAGCUUUCAUUGGCUGUUUUAAACAAUCUUUGCGACUGUUGUAGAUGCUCACUAAGUAACACUGUUGCGACAUGCGACAAAUUUUCCCGCGACAUUGCUACUCGCGACGCGCGACACGACUAUUGUAGACAAGGUUUAAAAAUAUUAACAUUAACAAAUAUGUAUAAACAUUUAUAAUUUUAUAAUUUUUAUAUUUAAAACUAUACAAAUUUAUAGAAUUCAGAAGUAUUUAUAGAACUCUGAAAUUUCUUUUAGAAUUACAGAUUUAAAAAAAUAAAGGAAACAAAAAAAUUAA